CUGAGGACUCACUUGUCUGUACAUGUCUGUGCUGAGGCAAAGUUUUGUGUGUGUUAGCUCUGCCGGUCUGUAAACAUGUCAGACAUUUUCUUGAGAAUAAAAAACAGCGUAGCAGAGAAGAAGAAGACGGCUGUCGGCCAGAACGACUUGCACAAGUGGGGUUUAAGAGGGAUACAGCUGAGGCCUUACCAGCUGGACGGGGUGCAGUGGUUAACUCAGUGCCUGAAGAACCAGCAGGGAUGCAUUCUGGGAGACGAGAUGGGUUUGGGAAAAACCUGCCAGACGAUCUCUCUGCUGGUCUACAUGUCAGGAGCUCUCGGGAAGAAAGGUCCGUUCUUGGUGCUGAGUCCGCUCUCUGUCAUGGAGAACUGGAGGAGGGAGUUGGAAGGCUUCGCCCCGUCUCUGACUGUGCUGUGCUACAAAGGAGACAAAGAGAGGCGAGCUGAGCUCCAGAGGGAAGCAGACACACAGGACUUUCAUGUGCUACUCACAACAUAUGAGCUAUGUCUCAAAGAUGCUUCAUUCCUGAGACGGAGGAAGUGGAGCGUGCUUGUGGUGGAUGAAGCUCACAGACUAAAGAAUCAGGAGUCCCUAUUGCACAAAACCUUGACCGAGUUCUCAGUUGGCUUCAGAGUCCUGCUGACAGGGACCCCCAUCCAGAACAACCUGCAGGAGCUGUACUCCCUGCUGAGCUUCAUUCAGCCCAGCAUCUUUACAGCUGAUGAGACGGACGACUUUGUCAACUCUUACUCCAAUGUGCAAAAUCAACCUGCUCUUGCUGCUGAGCUGCAGAGUGUCCUGGAGCCCUUCCUGCUUCGUAGGGUCAAGUCAGAGGUUGCCGUCGAUCUGCCGAAGAAGACAGAGCUGGUGGUGUACCACGGCAUGUCGGCUCUGCAGAAGAAAUACUACAAAGCCCUCCUGAUGAAGGAUCGGGAGGCUUUUGGAAAUGAGCAGGGAAGCAAGAACCGGCUGCUGAACAUCUUGAUGAACCUGAGAAAGUGUGUUGACCAUCCGUACCUGUUCGAUGGUGUGGAACCGGAGCCUUUUGAGAUUGGGGAACAUCUCAUUGAAGCCAGUGGGAAACUUUGCCUUUUGGACAGCAUGCUGACUCACCUUCACAACGGUGGCCACCGGAUCCUGCUGUUCUCUCAGAUGACGAGGAUGCUGGACAUACUUCAGGAUUACAUGGAGUACAGAGGUUAUAGCUACGAACGCCUGGAUGGGUCCGUCCGAGGGGAGGAACGAAAUCUAGCCGUGAAGAACUUCAGCAGCAAAGACAUCUUUGUGUUUCUACUCAGCACUAAAGCAGGGGGAGUGGGCCUGAACCUUACAGCUGCUGACACAGUCAUUUUCGUGGACAGUGACUUCAACCCUCAAAAUGACCUGCAGGCUGCUGCACGCUGCCAUCGGAUUGGUCAGAACAGGCCUGUGAAAGUGGUCCGCCUUCUGGCCAGAGACACCGUGGAGGAAAUAAUGUACUCUCGUGCUGUGUCCAAGUUGCACCUCACCAACACUGUUAUUGAAGAAGGACGCUUCUCUUUGCUGGACCAGGCUCAGUCAGCUGCUGCAGGACUGCAGCUAAGUGAGAUCCUGAAGUUUGGGGUAGAUAAGCUUUUGUCAUCAGAGGAGAGCUCUGUACAGGAUGUGGAACUGGAGAAGAUCCUCGGUCCAUCACGUGACGGUCAGUGGGCGGAUGAUGAAGACUUCACCGCGCCGAGAGAGGAGGAAGAGGAGGAAGAGGACGGCUCUGACUCUGACGGGCCAAACCACAUGUACUGCUUUGAGGGCAAAGACUACAGCAAAGACCCGAGCUCUGACGACCAGAAGAGCUUUGAGCGUUUGCUGGAGGAGCAGCUGGACGAGUUCCAGAGAGCUGCAGGAGAGGGACGAGCGCUAAGACACAAAGCUGGAGUUUCACUGACGGUAGCUCUUGGGAUUCCGACGAGGAAGAGGAAACCUCUUACCGAGGCCGAGCUGGAGCUGAGGCGCCAAAGACGAGAGGAGGCUGCAGCCAAGAGAGCCAAACUGCAGGAGGACAUGAAGAAGAAGCAACAAGAGCAGAAAUACAAGAAGAAAAUGGCGUGGUGGGAGUCGUGCGGCUACAGAUCACGGUCCCUGCCGUCUGUGGACGGCGAAGAAGAAGAGGAGGAGGACGCCAGCAGCGUGAGCUCCACAGACUCCGACAGCACGGACAUCCACUAUGUUCUGGGAGACGUUACCCAUCCUCACACCGCUCGGGGCGACGCGAUCAUCGUCCACUGUGUUGAUGACUCAGGCCGGUGGGGCAGGGGAGGCUUGUUCACAGCUCUGGAGGUGAGAUCAGAUGAACCACCAAAGCAGUAUGAACUGGCCGGCAAGAUGAAAGAUCUGGACCUUGGAAAUGUGCUGCUCUUCCCCAUCGAUGACAAACAGUCCAGAUUGGAUGGCCAGGAUCAGUUGGCCCUGAUAGUGGCACAGCAGCGAGACAAAGCCAACAACUUGUCUGGGAUCCUCCUGACGGCUCUGGACGAAGGCCUGAAGAAGAUUUACGCUGCAGCCAAAAGAAACAAGGCAAGCGUACAUCUCCCUCGCAUCGGACACGCCACCAAAGGCUUCAACUGGUACGGCACAGAGAGGCUCAUCAGGAAACACCUGGCUUCCAGAGGCAUCCCCACGUUCAUAUACUAUCACAGCAGAGCAGCGAAGAGCACCGCUCGACCUCAGACAUCCACCCCUGCCACAUCAGCAUCCUCCCCUCAAACGCAGUUGCACAACACGAGCAGGUCGACUGAUGAGGCGGCGGCAGAAACCCCCGGCCCCUCUGCCCCUCGCCGGAGCCCCGGCCCUGCAGAGCUCCCCGGUUUCAUGAAGGGAGUCCGGGUUUUCUUCUACAACCUGCCUGCAUCAGAGAGGAAGAGGCUGGCCCGCUACCUUAUCACUUAUGAUGGAGACGAGGAGGAGCUCAUGAGCCCGGAGGUCACCCACAUAGUUGCAGAGGUGGAGAACAGCAUCCACACACAGGAGCUCCAGGAUCUGGUGCGUCAGUACACUCAGGUUGUCCCCGUGCAGAAGGACUGGCUGGAGUCCUGCUUCUCCAAACAGCGGAAAGUCGACGCCGCUCCCUUCCUGCAUCAGCUCUGAUGACGCCGACCGUCGCCGUUUUUGAAUCUCUUUUUUAAAAAACGAGCCUUUUGUAUGAAGCUGGAAUUAAAUUGUGCGUCUGCUUGAAAAUCCACUAAAUGUCAAAUCAUUUGACGACAGUUUGCAGUCAUUGAUUUAUAAGUGACUCAAGGAGUAAAU